AUGCGAACUGGUUGGCACGUAUCUUACCUCUUCCGCUACGUCCUACGAAUCUAAGAUCGUUGAAGCGCGCGACUUGAUUUUUCAUGACGGCAGUCGCGUUUCGGAGUUCGGCCGAGAAGUUCUCGUCAUUGCCUGCAGCGAUCGAGACGAGAACUCCAUCGGGAAUAUCACCGAGUGCAACAACCUUGAAUGCAACCGGUAGCGUCUUAUUACAUCUCCAGUGCGAUGGCAACACGCUACAAACAAAGUUCGGAGAAUCCGUUUUUACGAGCUCGCCUGGGUAUUCAGCCAGUGCUUCAAUGAGCGAUCGCUCCCCUCUAAUUUUUCGUGGGACCGCAUUUUCUGUGGCAGUGGUCAUGGUUCUCCAAUGUGUAAACCACAAGAGUGAGCCACCAGAAUAUGUGUGGCGAGUUUGGCACACUACCGGACGGUUGAAUCAACUGAAAUGCUUCUGGCCAACCACUCCCCUGAGAUUUGACAUCUGCUGAGCCUACUUGUUUUGCGUUUUUGUGAUGUACAACAGAUGAGCCAAUAGCGGCGGGCGACUUAACUAGCUCACACGCCCACCGCUGGCAUUUAUCCAAUGAGCUCACGUACUCCGCAUUCCGAUGAAUUCUCUCUUGAUUUCUCGAGCGUUCCUGUGGUUUAAUGUCUUCGCGAGAAUCAUUGUUUGAUGACAUUGAAGAACUGAACUGCGGCGAACCUUCGCCAAUUAGCGGACUCGUUGAAACACGUGGGAACUACAAACGAGGAACCCGUCCACUCAGUAUUGUCUCAGCGAUCGAUCGUAAACGGCUGUGUGUUUAAUGUUAAAUCAUGCCUAGCCCCCUAGCGCUUGUGACAUACGUCCUCCUACUCCGGCUGUUGUGCAAAGUCCGGUGACCCCAAGCUCCAGACUUCCAAAGCCAUGGUUUCAGAGUGAAAUUCUUAAUAUGAUGUAUGCUUUUGGUGACUCAAGAAAACCAUCAACAGAAUCAGCUCUUCUUAUUGAAGAAAUUGUCCAUUCACAGAUGGCUAGCUUGGUUGUGCGGGCUGCAGAGGUCACAAAUAUGCGAGGGGGAAGGUUCAUGAGUGUGGAAGACAUUAUAUUUCUAAUGAGGAAGGACAAAGAAAAACUCAAAAGACUAAUCAAGUACCUCAAUUUCAAAGACGUGAAAAGCAAAACCCAGAAACAAACUUCUCAAGAUGACGAUGAAGUCCUAGAAGCUGCAGCAAGUGAAACCAAGGGUAGCAAAAAACGAAAGGUUUCAUAUGACUUUGUGAGCACGAUAGACCAAACUGGUGACCUUGUAGCUUUAUUUGAGGAUGAUGACAUUGAUGAGCUGAAACAAGAGAGGAAUGAGAGAGCUGAACGUUUAUCAAGAACUCUUGACCCUCAACAAUAUUUGGAGUUUACUGAGUGUCGACAGGCUAACUUCAAUAAGAAAGCAGGAAAAUUCAAAGAGUGGCUGGACUGUGCAUCACUGAUUGAUAUGAAACCCAAUACACCUGUGAUGGAAGUAUUCAGCUUCCUUGCUUAUGAGACAGUGGGGCAGAUAGUCGACUUGGCAUUACUGGUAAAGAAAGAUUUGGAGGCGUGUGAUGUGUUGACUCAAGCUAUGCCACCUGUAUCUAUCCUAUCAGAGAGCCAAUCAUCCGUUGUUACACCUGGAAGUGCAACAUCUACCCCCUCUACUCCCAACCACACCCCACCUGGAACCCCCACCACACCCACAACCCCUUUCCUUCCUAGUCCCACCCCAAGUGUAUCUAGUGCCAGUGGAAUUUCAUCAGCUCCACAAAGUGCAACUGUGCCAGCAAAACCUAAGAGCAAAAAAAGGAAAAUUAAAGGAUCAGCUGCAAGCCUUUCAUACAGUAGUGAUGAUUGUAUUCAACCUCAACACAUUAGAGAAGCUAUUAGGAGAUAUAAUCAUUACAUUGGACCCAUGGCUCCUUUCUCUUCACACGCAAAGCCAUCACCUGGCUACAGAACAUUGUGCUGCUAGAUGGAAGACAAUGAAUCAGCUGUGGCAUCUGAACCCAAAAAACACUUUGCACUGACUGGAAGCAGUUUUUCUUUAAGCUUCUCUCAUACACUGUACAGUUGAAAUGACAAUCAUUUAUUUAAUUUAAAUUUCUAUUGAGAAAUAUAGCUACAAAGUUUGUGUAUUAUGUGAAAAGUUUAUAAAUUUUUUUGUUUCAAUAAAUAGAGCUCCAAGACA